CAUCGAGCAAAUCGAGUGAACAACUUCUGGGUCAUAUGACAUCGGGAAGAUCUUGUGACUGAAUCUUGUGAAAACGGAGCAUAUUUGGACUGCCCAAAGCGCAAGGAUGAGAUACACACUCGGAUACAUUUUCUCCACGUCCUUCGUGUCGGUGGCCACCGUAUUGAUCCUGUAUCAUGUCCUCACGGGCAAGGGAGAGCGAGUCAGUGUGGGAUGGUUCCUGGAGGAAACGUCCCCGUACAUGUGGGCCACCCUCGGCAUCGGGCUGGCCGUCGCCCUGUCGGUGGUCGGUGCAGCCAUGGGCAUCCACACGACCGGAGUGAGCAUCGUUGGCGGCGGUGUCAAGGCUCCGCGCAUCAAGACCAAGAACCUUAUCUCCGUCAUCUUCUGCGAAGCGGUCGCCAUCUACGGGCUGAUCACGGCCAUCGUCCUCUCGGGUAUGCUGGACAGCUUCAAGUGGUCCGUGGUGGCGAGCAACGAGAACAUCCGCAACAACAACUGGAUGUCGGGUUAUGUAAUGUUUGGAGCCGGUCUGGCCGUCGGAUUGGUCAACCUGUUCUGCGGCAUUGCCGUCGGAAUCGUGGGCUCGGGCGCCGCCCUUGCUGAUGCGGCCAACUCUGCGCUGUUCGUCAAGAUUCUGAUCGUGGAAAUUUUCGGCUCCGCCAUCGGUUUGUUCGGAUUGAUUGUCGGCAUUUACAUGACCUCCAAGGUGAAGAUGGGUGACAAGGAGUAAGUCGGAACGGUGUAACCCCAAACACCGUAUGCCAACCCGAAGAGAGCGAGUUUUGGCCAACCAAUCCACCCGCAAAGAAUUCCAAACGUAUUGUACUGCUGCGCCAAUCAAUUCCGGCUAGCAUAAAACCCGUACAUAGUCGGUCGCCCCAAACAAGUGGAUAUUUGUGUAAAGUUAUUGUUAUUUAAUUUGCUAAUUUACAGCUGAACCUCUCCCGUCACCAACUCGAGGUUCCGCAGAACUGUUCCAGGCCAUUCCAGCGUACAAGUACCGACAUCCGUAAGGCGCGCCAGAUCGAUCGAUGUUCCGAGUUUAGGAUGGAAGCUUAGGCAAAGUGGACAGCAGCUCCUUCACGUUGUAUUUUCACUCUGUACAUUGAUAAACGUCGCCAGUAGGUUAUCGUUUGUUUUUUUCUUUUAAUUUUCUGCAUCACCCUCCAUGGCUUCUGGAACCGUUGUUCCGCUGCGAUUGCAGAAGAUCAGUGUGUAUAAAUGGCAUGCCGAAAACAUGAUUCAUCCUUAGCCUAAUUAUGCACUCGGUAGAACAUGAAUUGUAACGAACGCAAUGUAAUAAACUACUCUCCCUACUU